UGGAGGGGAAAGAAUGAAUCAUUCAGUCAUCAUUUGUAGCAUGAACUUCAUCCGGCACACACGGUGGUGGUGUUCCCACGUAACUUUCUCGCCCAGUUGUUUUUAGAAAAACUUCUCGGAAACAUUAAAAAAGGGUACAUACACCAUCUGCAUAAUUAAAUCUGUUCACAAUUCACAAUUAUCGGGUGGUGACUUCACUACGUAUGUAUGCAACUUAAUUAUUUUACUAACUCGAGAUAAAUACGUACACUCUUAAUAAUCCGGUAAAGUCACACAGGACUGCUGUACAACUGGAGCUAUUUCAAUAACUGGAUUGGAUUUUUUAUCAAAAUUGCUAUGGCCCGUACCAACGACUACCGUGAUAAUAAUCCACAUCUCGCCGUUUUACUGCCAGAAAUCGUACAAAGAAUCCCGACCUUCCUCCCCACCUCCGUCCUUCUCACGUGCACACAGAUCAACUCCACGUGGGAAGCAGCCGCCCGCAAGAGACUCCUCUUCCAAAGCUGGCUUACCGUCGACCCCGAAAACAUCACGGAUUACACAAACGUCGUCACUGCCCGGGGUUCCUGUCCCCGAAAUAUCGGUUUCUUUCGCGUCAAAAAUCCCGCCAUAUGCUCCCAACCCGCCUGGCUUUCCUUCACUUCGGAACACGGCCACAAAAUUAAACUCCUCCAGAUAAAUUUAACCUUACGAAAUCCCACGUGGCCUCAAUAUUUAUCAAAUUUAGCAACCUCCUUCCCCAAUUUGACCUCUCUCAAACUAUUCAUUUCCCUCCCAAACAAUUCCGACCUUACAAAUUCCCCCCCUCAAUCAAAUCCCCCCCUGGAUAACUUCACCUUCCCGAAGCUUAAACAUCUCGAAUUCACCUCGUACAGCGUGCCGGAAGGAUGUCCCCACCUGCACGCCAUGAUAACUCGAAUGAUCCCGCUCUUUCCAAACCUUCGCGCGCUUUCCUGCAUCGAACGGGGGCAAUCUGUGCUCGAACAUUUUCUCACUUUUGCCCCAACUUUGACCUCGAUAUUAUUAAAAAAUGCAAAAUUAAGGAACCCACUGCGCCUCAAUCUUACAAAUUUGACCCGCCUCGAAUUUUCCCAGUGUUGGUCAAGACCUUCCGAUUUGCCUAAGUUGCUCCGAAUUGGGUCGGGAACUUUGGUUCACGUGAAAAUUUAUGUUUCCGAAAAUGUCGAUCCGUCCCACCGAUUCGACAGAUUCGGCAGGCAUCCCGUCAUCUUCCCGAUAAUGGAAAGAUUGACGAUUUUCGAACUUGCGCAAAGUCCACGGGUCGACAGUUCCUUGCUCGAAAACUCGCCAGUGGCGCCAGGGAUUCAGUUAAAAUUUAAACAGGGUGAGAAUAACGAUCCGGAAAAGAGGUUAGAUUAUGCCGUACAGUUCCCGGUUUUGGAAAAGAUCAAAAUUUCCAAAAUGGAAAAUAAUUCCUCAAAUUAUGGGCAACGCGGGUUAACCGAGCAGGAAUAUUUUGCGACGGGCAAGGCCUUUCUGUACGAUUCGUUUCUGUAUAAUGGAAAUUCGCAGGGGUUGACCGUGACGAAGUUGGACAUUCCGUUCCCACCGGGUUCUUGUGGUUGUCUUGAGACAGAGGAGGCCUCCAUCUUUUGGGACAGGGUGAUAGCAAUGUUUCCAAAUGUGGAGAGAUGUCAUGCCAUGGGGACGAGGUAAAAAUUAUGGCGAGGAAAGUUUGUAAAUAUGUUCAGGCUAAUUUUAGAAAUUCUAAUUUUAGAAAUCUUAAUUUUAUAAAUUAUAAAAAUCGCAAUCACUCGCAACACAAUACAUACGAAAUUUUAGGGGUAUUCAUUCGUAGAAUAUUUAACUUUUCCGACAUAUUGUAAGCGGCGUAAAAUUUUGUCGUACAAAAUCAACUUAUGUAUAAUGUUAUGAUUUUUACUCAGCUUGACGCCUUGUCUUUUUUCUUCGUAACCUUCGUAUUUUACUAAACUAAAGAUAAUUGGAGUGCAAAUACACUCAGGAUCAGUGUGCUUACGAAUUAUCAUCACAUAUAAUAAAAUACUUUUAAUUGUACAUACGCAGUGCAUUUAGAUAGAUAACUUCAUAUUAAAUUUAUUAAUUAUUUCGUAAUUGUUAUUUCAAUUCCUUCAAAAAUUUAUAACCCUACAUGUUGUUACUAAAUAAAUUAAAUAUGUAAA